AUGGAAAACCAGAGCCAAAGCCAACCUCGGCAAGCAGUCCCUCCUGCGCGGCGGCUUCUCCUGCCUGCCCGGAAAGCUCACUCGACAGUUGCUUGCGAGACCUGCCGAAAGCGCAAAGUAAAGUGCAACGCGGCCCGGCCAACAUGCAGCUACUGCGUCUCCGCCGGCGUCAACUGCAUGUACGUGACGCGCUCGGCCAGCGAAACACACGCCCAGGCGCUCAAGCGGAAGCUGUCUGAGGUGCACGACCGGGAGACGACCUUCCGGCAGAUCUUCGAGCACCUGCGCGACCGGCCCGAGACCGAGGUGGGCGAGAUCGUGAAGCGCAUCCGGAACGGCACCGAGCCCGAGCAGAUCCUGCGCUACAUCCGCGACGGCGACCUGCUGCUGCAGCUCGCCGUGGUGCCCGAGCGGCGCUACCGCUAUGUCUUCCCCCUGGUCACGGAGAUGCCGGCCUACCUCCUGCGCCCGGACAACCCGUACCUCGACACCUGGCUGCACGACCGGGACCUGCUCGCAAACAGCAGCGCGCCUACAGCCUUGCGAGGAGAAGAGGAGCUGGGCCUGUCCAAGUAUAGACCGUCUUCUUGCCACCGGCAGCAGGAUCAGGAGAGUCCCUAUUUCAUGCCGUACCACGUCGCCGAGAUGGUCGAGCCGUUGCUGGAUAGCGUCAAGCCGUCCGAGUGGACGACCGUGUCGGCGGACGACGUGCUGAUGCGCAAGUUGCUCGCGUGCUUCUUCACGAACAUCUACCAGCUGUGUCCGUCCUUCCAGAAGGACUACUUCCUGCAGGACAUGAUGUCUCUCCGGCAGAGCCACUGCUCCUCGCUGCUGGUCAAUUCCGUGCUUGCCGCCGCCAGCUUCGCAUAUCCCGACCUGCCGAACAAGUACGAGUACUGCAACCCGGCGAGCCUGCCCUACCAGUUCGUGGCGGAAGCCAGCAGGCUGUGGGACACCGAGAUGGAGAACGACCGGGCCCGGCUGACCACGCUGCAAGCCUCCAUCCCGCUUACGGUCGCGACACAGAUCAUCGGCAACACGAUGGCUCGCUUCCCCACGGAGCGGCUGGCCCUGGAUCUGGCCGAGCGGAUCGGGCUGUUCAAUAACCCUGUCGAGAAUGGCACGAAACCGGAGACACGGAUGAGCAGGGCGAAAGCAUUCACCGGGUGGGCGCUGUUCAACUUUCAGUGCCUAGUUGCCUUCGGCCAGUCCGAGCCGCCCCGACUGCGAGCGCCCCCGGACAUCCCGUUGCCCGACCCGGACAGCGACCCGGACUGGUACGGCCAGAUAACCCUGCGGUAUCCGGCAGACCCGAAGUUGUACACGACACACUUCCCGCAACAGUUCUAUGCGCAGUCCGGCAUGUGCCGCGCCAUGGCGGUGGCCUGCGUGUAUAGACACCAGCUUAGCACGUAUCUGAGCCCCUCCGUGCCUAGUCUGCCAGUUGUCUACGAUUAUUACCACAGCCAUCUUAAGCUGUGGUAUGAUAGCCUUCUGGGGUCGCUCAUGCCGUCCCGGAUCGCGUUCCCGGCCCAGUUCAUACUACACCACGACCAAACACCCAUCGAAAUCCGCGACGCCGCCGCCCGCCACCUCGAGACCCUCCUCCGACUAUACUACCUCCGCCACGGCUUCGAGCACCUCGACAUCUACUCGGGCUACUUCCUCACCCAGCAGGGGGACCUCCGCUCCACCCUGCUCCUCGCGGCUAAGGGCCUGCACGACCAGGGGCGGUCGGCCUACAUUCACAAGGCGGUGCUGCGCCGACUGAGUGCGGAGAUGGCGCCGCGGGAUAGGCGGGCGCUGGCUGAGUUGCUUGGGGGAGGGGAUGAUGAUAUUGGAGCUUGA